AUGAGUUACCAAUUGGGCAUCCAUUGGUUGAUGGAGGCUGAUGAAUUUACAUUUAAGAUUGGCAUUGAGAACAUGCCAAUCUCUCAUAGACUAGCCUUAUCAGUCACUGUUUCAUUUUAUGACCCAGUGGGCAUUGGCGCUCCAGUAACGCUACCUGUCAAGAUGUGGCUUCAAGAUAUGCGUCAGCAAGGGCUAGCAUGGGAUGAUAAGUUACAUGAUGGAGAAAUGCUUACGUGGAAGAGAUGGCUUGAAGAACUCCCUGAGUUGUCGCAGUUCAGACUUGCUAGAAGCUUUAUACCCAUGUCAUUCAAUCCUGUGCAGUGGUAUCAGUUGCAUCAUUUUGCUGAUGCUAGCUGGAAAGGAUACGGGACGGCUACAUAUCUCAGGACCAUUGGAGAAUCUGGUGAAGUGUUCUGCAUCUUAGUGACAGGUUGUGCCAGAGUCGCUUCAUUGAAGAAGACAACCGUCCCAAGGCUUGAAUUGACAGCAGUAGCUGUGGCAGCUUGCAUGGAUGCAAAGUUGAGAUUGGAGUUGGACCUGAAGCUACUACCCUCGAUCUUCUGGACCGAUAGCACUUCAGUUCUAAAGUACCUUUUCAAUGAGACAGCCUGCUAUCAACCUUUGUGGCAAACAGAGUGCAUCUCAUUCGUGACUUAA